CGCCGCCAGGCGCAAGGGGCACUCGUCAUGGCGGCCGAGCGGCGCUGGCGCGGGGCGAUGACAUCAUCAGGAGACGACGCCGCCGCCGCUGCCGCUGCCGCUGCCGCUGCCUUGUCGGGUCAGUGAGGAGCGAGGAGGAUGUCUCCGCCGCCGCUCUUCAGUUUGCCCGAGGCUCGGCUGCGCUUCAUGAAUUCUACUCGAGAGGCCCUCAAGGGCAAAAACAUUAAACCUUUACUGAGUGCAUUCGCUCAGAUACCUGGAAGUGAAAAUGAAAAAAAGUUUACCCUGGAUCAAGCUUUCAGAGUUGCUGUAGAAGAAGAAAUUAUAAAUAAAGCUCCAUGUGAAAAUGUCUUGGCUAUCAUCUCUCUUGUUAUUAAUGGGGUCACAGAAGGUAUCUGUACAGCAUCAACUCCUUUUGUACUCCUUGGAGAUGUUCUGGAUUGCCUUCCUUUGGAUCAAUGUGACAGAAUUUUUACAUUCGUGGAAAAAAAUGUAACUACAUGGAAAUCAAACACGUUUUACUCAGCAGGAAAGAAUUAUUUGCUGAGAAUGUGCAAUGACCUUUUAAGAAGAUUGUCUAAAUCGCAAAAUACAGUAUUUUGUGGAAGAAUCCAACUAUUCUUAGCUAGAUUAUUUCCACUAUCAGAAAAAUCAGCUAACUGGCCUCCCUCACAGAGAGCAAAUAACUUCAUUGCUGCAACAGCUCUACUGGUUACAGGACUUAACUUGCAAAGUCAAUUUAAUUUGGAAAAUAUCACUGUUUUUAAUACCAGCGAGCAAGAGAGCACCCUUGGACAAAAGCAUGUAGAGGAAAGAGAAGAAGGAAUGGAAGUAGAGGAAGGGGAAAUGGGAGAUGAUGAAGCCUCUACUAGUUGUUCCAUUCCAAUAGAUUACAAUCUGUACAGAAAAUUCUGGUCACUUCAAGACUAUUUUAGGAAUCCUGUACAAUGUUAUGAAAAGAUUUCAUGGAAAACAUUUCUUAAGUACUCAGAAGAGGUGCUAGCUGUCUUUAAAAGCUACAAGUUGGAUGACACCCAGGCUUCAAGAAAGAAAUUAGAAGAGCUAAAAACUGGAGGAGAGCAUGUUUAUUUUGCUAAAUUCCUCACAAGUGAAAAGCUAAUGGAUUUACAGCUGAGUGACAGCAACUUCCGCCGCCACAUCCUAUUGCAAUAUUUAAUAUUAUUUCAGUACCUCAAGGGGCAAGUGAAGUUUAAAAGUUCAAACUACAUUCUGACAGAUGAGCAAUCACUGUGGAUUGAAGAUACUACCAAAUUAGUUUACCAGCUACUUUCAGAAAACCCCCCAGAUGGAGAGAGAUUCUCAAAAAUGGUGGAGCACAUAUUAAACACAGAAGAAAACUGGAAUUCAUGGAAGAAUGAAGGUUGUCCAAGUUUUGUGAAAGAAAGACCAAGUGAUUCCAAGCCAAUAAAACCUUUUGUGCGUAAGAGACCUGCUCCUGAAGACUUCCUGGGGAAAGGACCCAACAAAAAAAUUCUCAUGGGGAAUGAAGAAUUGACUCGGCUCUGGAAUUUAUGCCCCGAUAACUUGGAAGCCUGUAAAUCUGAGAGCCGAGAAUAUAUGCCAACGCUGGAAGAAUUCUUUGAAGGGGCUAUUGAACAGGCAGAUCCUGAAAAUAUGGUUGAUAAAGAAUUUAAAGUUGUGAAUAAUUCUAACUAUGGCUGGAGAGCAUUAAGGCUGUUGGCACGCAGAAGUCCUCACUUCUUCCAGCCCACCAACCAGCAGUUUAAAAGUUUACCAGAAUAUCUUGAAAACAUGGUCAUCAAAUUAGCUAAAGAACUACCCCCUCCUUCUGAAGAAAUUAAAACAGGCGAAGAUGAAGAUGAGGAAGAUAAUGAUGCUUUGUUAAAGGAAAACAAUGAAAGCCCGGAUGUUCAACGGGACAAACUUGUAACAGGAGAACAGAUAGAGCUGUUUGCAAACAAGCUUGGAGAAUACUGGGAGAUUCUGGCUCCAAACUUGGAAAUGAAAGAGUCUGAUAUAAGGCAGAUUGAAUCAGAUAGCGAAGAUGUGAAGAUGAGAGCUAAGCAGCUGCUUGUUACUUGGCAAGAUCAAGAAGGGAUCCAUGCUACAAUGGAAAAUCUGAUUACUGCAGUGACCAAAGCAGGAUUAAAUGACCUUGCUGACAGCCUAACAAAUGACAAUGAAAACAAUAGCUAAUUUGGGACUAUUUUUUUUAUAACAGUUAUUGUUGCUAAGUGAUGGAGCCUAACAUUUGCUAGGCCAAUUUAAUUUGGUAAACAAUAAACAUCUUUUAAUAACA